UUAUAUGAUUUUUGCAUGACAAAGAGGAUAUGAUUAUUCUAUAAAUACCCUAAUUAGUGAGACUGAAAACCCCAUCACACAAAAAGUGGAANCAAACAAAAAAAAAAAAAAAAAAACAGAGGAAUGCCAAGAAUUCUCCGCUAUCAAUAGCAAAAUCUCCUCUCAAUCUCCUUCUUCAUCGAUUUCUUCUGAAUUGCUCACUGAAAUUCCAUCAAUGGAGGAUCAAUGCACAUCUUUUGACUGGGAAUUCUGCUCUCAUCACGAAGAUGGGUGGGAAGAACUGAGGCAUGCUCUUGUGUACACAACUUUGGAGCUUGAAACAACAAUCAUGUCAGCGAAGGAGGAGAUUUUGAGAAGAGAAUGUGAAAUUAUGAACUUGAAGGAUCUUCUGAACAGAGCCAUUAAAGAGAAAGAUGAAAUCGAGACGAAAUGUGAGAAGUUAAUGCUUGAAAAUUUGGUGUUGAUUCAACAGAACAAAAAUCAAGAACAUGAAAUCACUCCACAAAGUGACAGUGAUUCUAGUAAGAUGUUUGCUUGUUCUGAUUCUGAUGAUAAUAACACAAUUCAAUCCUCUCAAACUGACCCAAUUGUGGGAGAGCCAUUGUUAUCACAAGAACGCCCACCAACUGUUUGUCAAAAUGCCUGUGAGAAGCCUCUGCCACAAAAAGGCAAGCUUCUGCAGGCUGUGAUUGAAGCUGGCCCCCUUCUCCAAAACCUCCUCCUCGCCGGGCCGCUGCCUCACUGGCAGCACCCACCACCACUCGUCGAUACAGUCGACAUCCCGCCGGUGAUCAUCUCACCACGCCCUUCACAGCCUCCAGCUCAAAGCACUGCCAUUGACAUUAGAAAGAGAAGCCAUUCAUACCUCUCUGAUGUCUCUCAACAUUGCCACAACAAGCAUCAAAAACUGGUUCAGUAAUCAUCAGUAAGAAUCUCAAUAUUUCAAUGCCCAUUUGCUCAUUUACUGUCAUCUUUUUUUUCUUUUUGCUGUGAUUGUGAGUGUGUAAUCUGGAUGUUGUUCUUAUAUUCUCUUUCAAAUCACAACCACACCAAAAAAAAAAAAA